GACACAAAAGGUGUUUUCUCAAGGUGAAGUCAGUGAGAAUGAAGCCUCUGGCCUUUCUUGUGCUGUUGUAUCUGCCAAUCUGCUCGACUUCUCCUCUGAAUGGGUCAGCGAAGCAGGAGGACCCAGACAUGGAUCUCGUCCAGCAAUACCUAGAAAACUACUACAAUCUCACAAAAGAUAUGAAACCAUUUGAACGAAGAAAGGACAGUAGUUUGGUUGUUAAAAAGAUCCAAGAAAUGCAGAAGUUCCUCGGGCUGGAGGUGACGGGGAAGCUGGACUCUGCCACUCUGAGGGUGAUGCGCAAGCCCAGGUGUGGCGUUCCCGAUGUCGGUCGCUUCAGUACCUUUCCCGGCACGCCAAAGUGGAAGAAAACUCAUCUUACAUACAGAAUUGUGAGUUAUACACCUGAUUUGCCAAGACAUGUUGUUGACUCUACUAUUGACAAAGCUCUGAAAGUCUGGAAGGACGUGACUCCACUCACAUUCUCCAGGACCUAUGAUAGAGAGGCUGACAUCAUGAUCUCUUUUGUAGUUAAAGAACACGGGGACUUUUUCCCUUUUGACGGGCCAGGAUCCAGUUUGGCUCAUGCUUAUCCACCUGGGCCUGGGGUUGAGGGAGAUGUCCACUUUGAUGAUGAUGAGAAAUGGACAGAAGAUAUGUCAGGAACCAAUUUAUUCCUCGUUGCUGCUCAUGAACUUGGCCACUCCCUGGGUCUCUUUCACUCGACCAACACUGAAGCUCUGAUGUACCCGCUCUACAAGUCAUUCACGGACCUGGCCCAGUUCCGCCUUGCUCAGGACGAUGUGGACGGCAUCCAGUCCCUCUAUGGACAUCCGUCUGUCAUCCCCAAAGACCACAUAGUGCCCACGAAAUCCAUCCCUUCAACGCUUGAGAAGCCAGCCAUGUGCAAUUUCACUUCAUCCUUUGACGCAGCCAGCACUCUCAGGGGGGAAGUCCUGUACUUUAAAGACAGAUAUGUUUGGCGUAGACGCCGCCAGGAUCUGGAACCUGAAUUUCAUUUUAUUUCUACGUUUUGGCCCUUUCUUCCUUCAGAUGUGGAUGCUGCAUAUGAGGGGAAGGACACAUUGUUUGUUUUUAAAGGAAAUAAGUUCUGGGCAAUCAGAGGAACUGAGGUACAAGCAAAUUAUCCAAAAAGUAUCCGUACUCUGGGCUUCCCUCCAACUGUAAGGAAAAUUGAUGCAGCUGUUUCUGAUGUGGAAAAGAAGAAAACAUAUUUCUUUGUAGGGGACAAAUACUGGAGAUUUAAUGAAAAUAGUCAUUCCAUGGAGCAAGGCUUCCCCAGGCUCAUAGCACAUGACUUCCCAGGAAUUGAGCAGAAGGUUGAUGCAGUGGUAAAAGAAUUUGGAUUUUUCUACUUCUUCAGUGGACCAUCACGGUUUGCAUUUGACCCUAAUGCCAAGACCGUGGCACAUGCAAUGAAUAGUAGCACCUGGUUGUAUUGUUAGGUGAGAUAGGGAGAAAAUAUACACGAGCAUUUUGAAUGAGUCUAAUAUUCACCAAAUUUAUUAUAAGUCAAAUGAUGAAUUAUUUCUGCGUGGGCUGUGGCUAAAGACAAGCCUUGCAGACAUCUUCAUGUGUCACGAAGCAUUUGUCGGGACCGCUUCACUUGCUCUUGAAAUACAUGGAGCAGAAGUGGGAAACACUCAUGUACAAUUGGCUGGAAGAUAUACCUCCAUGUAUAUUUUACCUAUUCUUUCUUUAUUUUUCUCUACAUGGCUCACCAGAGAGAGGCAGAGAGGGAGAGAAAGGGGGAGAAAGCACUCCCCAAAUGGGGCAUGGUCACAUGCCCUCUGCUUCUCCAUAUUUUCA